AUGAGCGGCGGUGAUCUCCCGCCGCACAUCCAGGCGCUGGUCGACAAGGCGGCCAAGAAGAUCGACAAGCUCCUCAAAAAAAACACGGCGCUCCUCGAGGAGCAGGCGACGGCGGUGCGGACCAUCGCCGACCUCGAGAAGGAGAACGCGACGCUGCGGCGCGACCGGGCGGCGCUCGCCCAGGAGAAGGCGGCGCUGGAGCGCGACGUCGAGCGGCUGCAGCGCGCCGGCGAGCCGAAGCGGAAGCGCGCGCCCGCGAAGCCCGCGAGCGCGAAGCCCGCGAGCGCCAAGCGCGGCGCGGCGCCCGCGGCGAGCGACGGCGGCGGCAAGCGGGCGGCGCCCGGCGGGGCCGCCGCGGCGAGCGACGGCGGCGGCAAGCGGGCCCGGAGCCUCGCCGUCGCCGGCGCGAAGGCGGCGGCGCCGGCGGCGCUUCCGGCGCUCGCGAUGGCCGCGGCGCUCGACGACGAGCUCGACGACCUCCUCGGCUCGUCCGACGACGACGACGCGCCGGGCGCGGGCGCGGGCCUCGACAAGGCCGCCGCGGACGCCGCCGCGCGGCGCCGCGCCGCGUCGGCGCUACACGUCGUCGACCCCGCGCGCGGCAUCGGCUCCAUCGCUUCCGAGCUCGAGCGCCGGCGCGCGCUCCGCGACGAGGGCGCCGAGGGCGACCGGUCCAUGGCCGACGAGCAGCGCUUCGACGCCCCGACGCCGCCGCCGCUCGAGCUCGACCUCGGCGCCGCGCCGCGCGACGCCGCCGCGGCCCCCGCCGCGGCCGCCGCGGCCUCCGCCGCGGCCGAGGCCGCGGAGACGCUCAAGGUCGCGGUCUGGGUCGCGCUCGGCCGCGACCGGGCCGCCGCGCUCAAGGACACGGGCCACCGCCUCGCGCUCAAGGACGCGCGCCUCUACGCGCGGCACGUCCUCGCCCGGGACGCCGUCUCCGCCGCGGACCUCGGGCUCCUGGCGCCGCGGACGAAGCUCUGGCAGAAGCGGUGGGAGGCGAAGAAGGUCGCCGGGCGGAAGCAGGCGCCGCGGACCGACGAGGAGCGCAAGAUGAAGCAGCGCCGCGACAACGCCGACGACCUCAGCGACGGCGUCCACUCGUGGGCGGCGGACGACGUCGUCCUCGAGGUCGCGGCGCGUUGUCGCGGCGGCGGCGACGCGGAGGCGCUCGCGCGGGUCCUCGCGGACCUCGGGCGCGUGGGCUUCGCGAACGCGGACCUGGCGGCGCCCCUCGCGGCCGCCGCGCUCUCCUGGGAGGGCUACGUCGCCGGUUUGAGCAAGAGCCGGCGCCAGGCGCUCGCGGCCGCGGAGCGCGGUGGGGGACCGCCCCGGACGCCGCGGCGCCGCUCGCGCUGGCCCUCGCCUUCUUCGCGCUCGGCGGCGGCGGCGACGCGGACGCGCUCCGGCGCGAGGCCGACCGGCGCGCCGCGGCGCCCGACGUCGCCGCGCUCCGAAAGCGCGUGGAAAACGCGGACGCGGCCGCCGCCUGGGCGCUCGCGCGCGUCGACCCGGGCGACGCGACGCUCGCCGCGGCGCGCGCGGCGGCCGCGGAGGCCCUCGCGCGAUGGCCGGGCGACGCGCACGCCGCGGCCAAGGCGGCCUUUGUGUUGGCCGCGAGCGACGGCGAGGCCGCCGCCGGCGACGCGGCGCUCGCGUGGGCGCGGACGCUUCCCGACGCGACGCGCCUCGAUCGACGCCUCCUCGUCGCCCUCGACGCCGCGCGGCGGCGGCCGCGCGCGACCUUCGUGA